AUGGGACCCGUUGUUCGCGCCGCUUUCUUUCUGUUCUUCGCUACAGUCGGGCUUUGCCUCGUUCACGCGGCUGACACCAGCAAAGGCGCUGAAACAGCACCGCUUGGGGCAAGCGCAAUCUUAGUGGAGGCGUCGCCACGAGAGGUUCAAGCGCACAGGCGGGAGUUGAAGAAAAUUAAAGUCCAGCAGGGGUGCGGAGCGGGAUCUGGUAUUUGCCCGUACUCUGGCGUCGCUGGCUGCAGCGCUCCCGAUGUCUUCUGCAGCGGCGCCUGCUGCACGGAUUCUGCGGAGUACCCUUGCUGCGGAGGGGUUAUGUGCUGCAAGAAAGGAGGAUGCUACCAAAAUAGGCACGGCCAGUGGGGUUGCUGUCCUGUUGGACAGAAAGCAUGUGGUCACAAGUGUUGCUAA